AUGUACAGGAUUCGAGAUUGGUUUGCGUCGUCUUAUCUCUCUGAGUUCCUCAAUGUACUCUCAACUAAAACUAACCCGCACGUGACGUUCAUUAACUCCUCACGCCCUCUUCCCCGUCGCCUCUUCUUCUACUGGUCGUCGCCUCCUUCAGACAAGGUCAGCGUCCGCCUCCUCCAGGACGGGCAGCUCCUGGACCUCGACCUCUCCGACACGCAGAUGCAGGACAUUCUGAAGAAGUCGGAGGGCCCUCGACGCCCCACGGAGAUGACCCAGCCGUCCAGGUCACGACGACCCGAAGUCCUGAACAAGACCUGGAACGACCUGGAGGAUUUCGUGGUGAUCAAUAACAAGGUGUAUGCCAAGGGCGACCCGCUGCCGAAGAAGAAGCUCAAGGUCCCUGUCCUGAGGCCGACGACGGGGCGCACCCUCAGGAGGAUGGACUUCGCCAGGUUCAAGGGCGAGGAGAGGAAAUUCAUGGAGGAGCGUCGCAAGGAGUUCCUGGAGAGGGCGUCGCGUCUUGGCUCCAUGUGCAAGGCGAGGUCGAAGCUUAUUGCAUCCAAACCCGUGAAUCUGAUAUGGGAUCUUGGGCAUCAGCCUGGCUUCGUGUGGUGUCCUAGCCAUCAGACCACCUCGUCGUCUUCCCUCCUGAAGUCCCUACGCCCACCCCGAGGCAACGAGGAUCAGGCCGAAGACAUGGGCGGAGGCAGGGCGUGGGGCGGUGCGAGGGCGUGGGCGGUGGCGGGAUCAGGCCGAAACAUGGGCGGGGCGGCGGCGAGGGCGGUCGCACCAAGAGGAAGACGAAAACGACCCAGUCUCUUCAGCGCGUACCCUCCUCCAGAUAACCAGGACGACCUCAACCGCGCCUUCAGGAGCGCUGUUCGAGUCAUUAGCGUCAGGCAUCCCUUCGCCAGCCUGCUCUCCCUCUACCGGGACAAGAUCAGCAAACUGAACCUGAAGCCCAACAAGGUCCGCUUCAGGGAGCUUCAGACGCGGAUCAUCCUAUGGUAUCGACCCGCCAACAGUACUGAAUCCUCUCCUUUUCCUACCUUCGAGGAGUUCGUGAAGUAUGUCGUGGAUCUGACGAAGGACCUCAAGACGGCGGACGACUGGGAGGGCACGGACCAGUCCCUGGCGCCGCUGUGGGUGCAGUGCAACGUGUGCGGCAGCGACUACAACCUCGUCCUCAAGAUGGAGACCCUGGCCGAGGACGAGCGCUUCCUCGCCCUCCUGGCCGGUUACGAUGAGUUCAAGGAGGAGCCUGACCCUCACGAGGAGAAAGCCAAAGAAGCUGUCCCACAGGAAUUCUCACAGCUGAACUACCAGCAGUUACAGCAGCUUCACCAGCGGUACCUCCUGGACUUCCAGCUCUUCGGGUACAAAGUGGACCAAGAGUACUUCGAUAUGGCAAGAAGCACAUAGCUGUUCGUGGAAUUUGCAUAUGCAGGAAGGAGAUGUACCUAAUCUAGUACUAACAGUUUAAUUUUUCUUUGCGUAUUACUGUGGUGUGAUUUGUGAAUAGUUCUAAAUUGUGGA